AUGCGCUUUGCCACACCUAACCGAUCUGCUGCAAAGAUAGUCGGAUUGCCCUUCGCCGACGUGCGUCGCUCCGACCUCGGCCUUGCCCUCACUCUGCUCCCGCACCUGCAUCAGCUCGAUCGCCGCAAAGCUGGAUCGCUUGACUGCCGGCCCCCUGCGCUAUCGUCACCGGCGGGUUUGGUGCCAUCUGCUCCGUUGCGGACCGGCUACUCACUUGCUAAUCUGCGCGCUGUCGCCGACCCUAGUUUCACGCAGACCCUGAGCGCACAUCGGUCCGAGCGCGGUCAUUUCCCCCCACUCCGCCCUGCCUUUCCAACCGUCGAACUGCGCGCGCCCCGCACACGCCCCGCACUCAAGCAACCCACACAAAUCCAAGCGAGCCGCUGA